GAAAUAUCCUCACAAUGUUUAUAGAUGUACUUUUAAAAAUUUGUCUUCUUUGGGAUUCAGUAGACUCCUUAAAUUCCUGGAUGUGUAUAUUUAUUUUGGGGAAAUUCUUGCCUGUUAUUCUGUUACCACCCCCACUGUCUUUUUAAGAUAAUUUUUGGCAUUCUUAUUGAAUAGGUACUGGAACAUCUACAUCUCUCCUUCAUAUAUCAACUUUUUCUUGUAUACAUUUUAUCAUUUCAUUUCCUUGUGAUAUUCUGGAUCAUAUUACCCAAGGAAUAGUCCCUUAUACAGAGAGCCACCCCCUAAGCUUUAGGCUUAUGAUAAUAGUGGCAGUAAUGGAUACUUAAGGUUCUCUAGCCAGUGCUGUUCCUCAUUAACCCCCAUUUGGUUGUUGACCUUCAGUACUUAUUUUUUACUCCUGUGUUUGAGAUAAUAUUUUUCAUGUCUUUCCCCCACUAUUUUCUAUAUAUGAAGCAAGUCUGUUGGGGGGGGGUGUACUAAAAUCUUGUAAGUGUAUAGUAAAACUUUCUCUAACAGGACCAACCUAAAUUUCUAUCUUCUGUGAUGGCCUGGGGAGAAUUAAAGAGUUAAGCCAAAUAGAAAAUCGAUAAACCCCUUCUUUGGAAUUGGGGAAGCAAAGAGUGAGUCCCUGUAUUUCCAAUAUUUUCUGGGUCAUAUCUCUCUGAGUUAGGCAAAGUGACAAAAUGACUACCAGCUACUUAGAGAUCUUGGAAUCCUUGCUUGUAUAUUGGAAUUCCCAGCUAGCCACAGACCUAGAAUUGCCCCUUUAGUAUACAAUAGAGACCAGAGCAGACAAGCACAACCAGGGGGGACAGAAUCACAGCUGGCCCCUGAAUAGGUUUGGAUGGAGCCAGUUAGACUUCCCACCUGCUUAACUGUCGAGGCUGGCCUUGGUCAUUUUUGUCCCCUCACUAUAACCCCACCCACAUUUUACAUCUCCCAUGUUUUGGAUUCCACUUACCUAUAUUUCGGCAAGAAUUUAUUGUACUUUUAAAAAGUCAUGUAAGCAUAAAUUACAAGUAAAGCCUGCCUCUGACAAAUAGCAAGUUACAUUUCUGUGGAACUCACUACUCUUCCUCACCAGUAAGCUAACUUUCCAACUGUCCUGAAAUGGUACAGGUAUCUAUCUCUCUCUCCCUCUCCCUCCACCUCUCUCCCUUUCUCGUUCUCUCCCCCUACCACACACACAAAUACACACAAACAUAUGUGCAAAUAUGUGUAUACUUACACCUAGAGAUCUAAUCAUACGUAAGACAAUGUUUCUUUUUUUUACAUAAAUGCCAUUACACAGUAUGUAUCAUUUGGCAACAUUGUUUUUUAAUUUAACUUAAAAUUGACUGCAGAUAUCUAAAAUUCUGGUUCAUCUGUUACGUUUACAAAAUUGAUUAUCAUAUACCACAUUUUAUUUAUUCAUUCUUCACUCUCCCUCCCAUUCCCAACGCCUAUCGGGGUACUUUUGAAUUGUUGCCACUUACCACAGUCCUGAAAAAACAUCAUUAGACUUGGCUCCUAAUAAACAUGGAGCGAAUGUUUCUCUGAGGAUCAGAUAUUUCCCCCUAGAGUUAAUUUGAAAUUAUAAGAGAUUUUUUACUCAUGCCUUUUCCGUGCCUGAUAUGUGUGCCCUUGUUGGCACUUAAAUUUCUCUACUAGCGUGUGCAAGAAAGUAGACUGUGACUAAUGCCACUCGUUCUCUUAGGAAUACAUGGUCCUGUAUUCACCUUGGAUUAAUUAAUUGCCUCUCUAUGGUGGAUUUCCUGGUGUUUCUGUUACAGAGCUCUUUAAGUACAGAUUAUUUUUAAAUUGUUCCACUUAUAAUGUCUAGGAAAGAUGGUAUUUCUUUUCCUUUAUAGAGCUGACAUCUAAAUUACAUUUGAAAAUGUUAGAUGCUUUUGUGAAAAUGUUAGAUGCUUUUGUGAAUCAAUCAGGGUAACCCGAUUGAUUCCUGUUUUCCAUUCUUCUUUGAAGGGACCAUGUUCUUAGGUUUUCUUUUCCUCAUUCCCUUCAUUCCAUAUUUGUCUAUUCUCUUAUAUCCUGUUCUUUGGUAACGUACUGGGAUAUUCCCCCCUUCUUAUAAGAGUAUUAGGUUACUAGACUGAAUUUCAUUUACAUGUUAAUUAAAGAUUAGUUUUCCUCUUGUUCCCAAAGUUGAAACACAUACAGCAGGAAUUGCUCAUGAAAGUCCAGGUUUGUAUUCUUUCACUAACUAGUUUUGUGACCUUUCGGCAAGACUUUGGACAUUUAUUUAAGUAAUCUACAAAAAGAGAAGGCUUGAAUAAAUGAUCUUCAGGCUUUCUUCCAGAAACUUCUUUGGUCAAAUUCAAAUGUGUAAUUUCAUGUUUAAAUGGUGAGGCACUUGAAGAAAUUAUUUAUUGCCUUUGGUAUAAGCUUAUUUAUGUGUGUUAAGAUUUUUGAACUGUAAAUAAACAUGUAUAGAAUAGAUUAUAAGGUAUUGAAAGCAUAUAUUUUGUUUUAUAGGUGUUUGUUUUGUCUUGCUGUUUUAAAAUUACAUCAAAAUGCCAAUAAGACCAGAUCUCCAGCAGUUGGAAAAAUGCAUUGAUGAUGCUUUAAGAAAAAAUGAUUUCAAACCUUUGAAAACACUUUUACAAAUUGGUGUUUGUGAAGAUGUAAAGAUUAAAUGCAGCAAGCAAUUUUUACACAAGUUGGAUGACCUUGUAUGCAGGGAGCUUAAUAAAAAGGACAUCCAAACUGUUUCAACCAUUUUUGUUUCUUUUGGAAGAUGUGGUAAAAAUAUCAGUAUAUUGGGGCAAGCCGGACUUUUAACUAUGAUAAAACAAGGACUAGUCCAGAAGAUGGUUGCCUGGUUUGAAAAAUCCAAGGAGAUUAUUCUCAAUCGAGGAAAUUCAAAAGAUGAGGCAGCUAUAAAUAUGAUAGAAGACUUAUUUGAUCUUUUGAUGGUCAUACAUGACACCAAUGAUGAAGGUAAAAGGCAAGUAGCGGAAAAUUUUAUACGUCAAAUCUGUGUCCUGGUUAUCGACUCAAGAGUGAAUAUUUGUAUUCAGCAAGAGGCUCUAAAAAAAAUGAAUGCUAUGCUUGACAAAAUGCCUCAAGACACCAGAACAAUACUCUCUGAGCAAGAAAUGUUUAUUCUCAUGAGUCGUAUGGGAGAAAGGAUUUUAGAUGCUGGAGAUUAUGACUUACAAGUAGGUAUCGUAGAAGCGCUAUGUAGAAUGACUUCAGAAAAACAAAGGCAGGAACUUUCGUGUCAGUGGUUUUCAAUGGAUUUUAUUGCUGAUGCAUUUAAAGGAAUUAAAGACUCUGAAUUUGAAACAGAUUGCAGAGUAUUUCUCAACCUUGUAAAUGGCAUGCUUGGAGACAAGAGAAGGGUCUUUACAUUUCCUUGUUUGUCAGCAUUUCUUGAUAAACAUGAGUUGAAAAUACCUUCAGAUGAAAAACUUGAGGAAUUUUGGAUAGAUUUUAAUCUUGGGAGCCAGGCUCUAUCAUUCUACGUUGCUGGAGAUAAUGACGAUCAUCAAUGGGAAGCAGUGACUGUGCCUGAGGAAAGAGUACAAAUAUACAGCAUUGAAGUGAGAGAAUCGAAGAAGCUACUGACCAUAAUCUUGAAAAAUAUAGUAAAAAUUAGUAAAAGAGAAGGGAAAGAAUUGCUUCUGAAUUUUGAUGCAUCAUUGGAAAUUGCUAGUGUGACACAAAAAAUUUGGGGUGCAAAUAAAUACAGGGAAUUUACCAGAAAACAAGGUAUUUCCGUUGCCAAAACAUCUGUGCAUAUAAUUUUUGAUGCAAGUGGAUCACAGAUUCUGGUGCCAGAAAGUCAAAUCUCACCCAUGCAAGAGGAAAUCAUUAGUUUGAAGGAAAAACCUAACUCCCAAAAGGAAUUCGCUAAACCUCCAAAAUGUAUCAAAAACAGCAAUCAAGGGGACAGAAAGAAUAGUCAGCUUGGGGUAAUUACUCCUAGCAAAAGAAAAAUGUCUGAAGCAUCAAUGAUUAUUCCUGGUGCAGAUAGAUACACUGUGAGAAGCCCAAUACUUUUAAUCGACACAUCAACACCACGAAGAGGAAGAGUUAAACCACCGCUGCACAUGAUGAGUUCUGCAGAAAAACCUGAUAUUCCUAAAACGUCCGAAAGUGGGGUGGAUAAUGCUGAAUCACUUACAUCCAGACCAUCUGAAGAAAGAAAGAGCAGAGAUAAUACAGACAAACGUAUCAAAACUGCUAAAGCUGUAGAGAAGACGGAAAACAAGGACACUGAAUUCCUAAGCCAAAAUUUUAAAUUUUGGUUUUAUUUAGAUAAACUGCCGGAUGCUGUUCCUGACUCACAGACAGUGGGAAAAAAAGAUAAACCUGGGUUAUCUGAUGUGUUGGACAACGUCUGUGGAAAUAAGAUGAACUCCAAAUGGUCAUGUUGGACCCCUGUAGCAAAUAUUAACCUACGUAAUAACAAAAGAGCAAGUACUUCAUCAGGAGAUACAUUCAAUCAAGGUAUUAUUGUCAAAAAACUUACUAAACAGAAAUCAUCCUCUUCAACAUCUGGUGAUAAUUGUGAAGAAACAGAAAAGGUGCAGCAUAAGAAAAAAACAACGCAGCAUAGCGAAAUAGAUAAAGUGGAAGUAGGAGUUUGCAAAAGAGACAGUCAGCAACAACUAAAUCAUCCUAAACGUUCAGAGCUGAAAAACACUGAAAGUACCAAGCAGAGUGAUUGGCGUAUUGAAUCUGAAACUACUUUCAAAUCCGUUCUCUUAAAUAAGACAGUUGAGGAAUCUCUGAUCUAUAGGAAGAAGUACAUAUUGUCAAAAGACAUGAAUACCGCUAUUUGUGAUAAAAGCCCUUCUCCUAGAAAAAAUGUGAAAAGUCACAGAAGAUCAGGGAAAAGAUUAACGUCUCAACUUGAUUCCUGGGAUCUGAAACAAAAACAAAUGAGGGAAAAGUCAAAAGAGAAAGGAUUUACCGAUGCAGCAGACUCCUUGAUAAACCAACUCAAUAAGAGAUAUAAACCCAAGGAUGACAUAAAGUCUACAAGAAAAUUCAAGGAGUCUUUGAUUGAUGGUGGUUUUUCAAACAAAUCUGAUCCACAGCUCAGUAAGGAAAAAGUUCAGAAAAAAAGUUAUAGGCAACUGAAGACUACUUUUGUUAAUGUUACUUCUGAAUGCCCACUGAAUGAUGUUUACAAUUUUAACUUGAAUGGCGCUGAUGAGCCUAUUAUAAAACUUGGAAUCCAGGAAUUUCAAGCUGCAGCUACAGAAGCCUGUGUGGAUAAUUCAAUAAAAUUGAUAGGUUUGAGGAAUCAUGAUGAACUUGAAUCUUCUCUCAAAACAAAAGAUAAAAAAAUUGUAGCAAAUCAUAAAAAGAAAAAUCUCUUUAGUGAUACUGACACAGAAUACAGAUGUGAUGACAGCAAGACCGAUGUUAGCUGGCUGAAGGAACCAAAAUCAAAACCACAGCUGAUAGACUAUAGCAGAAAUAAAAAUGUGAAGAAACAGAAAAGUGGCAAAUCAAGACCAUCAUUGGAAAGGGGACAACCAAGAUCUAAAAUGACACCCAACAAAAACACCACCAAAAAGGUAGAGGAGACAGUUCCAGAUGGGAGAACCAGACUUCCACGAAGAGCGGCAAAAACCAAAAAAAAUUACAAAGAUCUCUCAAAUUCAGAAUCAGAGAGUGAACAAGAAUUUUCACAUUCAUUGAAAGAGAAAUUGCUAGUCAAGGAGGAAAAUAUCCAUUCCAGAAGCAAAACCAUAAAGCUGCCAAAGAAACAGAAGAAAGCCUUCUCUGCCGAAUCACAGAAGGAUAUAUCAAAAGAAUGGAAAAAUUCAUCUCUACUAAAAGAUGCCGUAAGAGAUAAUAGCCUUGGCUUAUCUCCUGUAUCUUUAUCUGGGAGCCCAUCAUCUAUAGAAGUCAUGAGAUGCAAUAUAGGUAUAGAGAAAAUAACAGAGAAGGAUUUUACUCAGGAUUAUGACUGUAUAACAAAAUCCAUAUCACCUUAUCUGAAAACUUCAUCACCUGAAUCUUUAAACAGUAAAUAUAGAGUCGGAGGUCCAGCAAAGUCACCUAAAAACAGUGACAAAAAUGUAUGUGCACGAGAACGUUGCUCACCAAUUCCACGAUCCUUCUUGUUGGGAAAUCAUUCCGCGUCUCCACUAUCUAUGUCUAGUGAAGGAAGAGAGCAAAUACAGUGCGACAUUCCUUGUGACUCUACUCAUGUAUCAGGCCCCACACAGCAUUUUAGUCGCAAACGAAUGUACAUAGAAGAAGAUAAUCUAAGUAAUGCUGAUGUAGUAGAAGAGGAGGAGGAAGGGAGAGUAUACUUGCUUCCCAAAAAACUAUCCAGAACUGAAGACACAGACAAUCACACUUAUAAAGUAUCUGAAAGUAUAUCUCCGUUAUCAACAAAUGACUUGUCUCUUCCUGCGGAGAGCUGGGAAAGUGAAAUUUCAGGUGUGGGGAUGAUGUGUGAGAAGCUCAAUACAGAAUUUAGGAGGAAAUUUCAUAUCCGCCAAAAAAUGAUGGAUUAUUUUGCAAAGCAGUCUUGGAAAACAGCUCAACAACAUCUGACCAACAUGAACCAUCAGAUUCAGGAGUACAGGAUCAAAAAACUCGAUAAAUUCCAAUUCAUCAUCAUAGAGGAGCUGGAGAAUUUUGAAAAAGAUUCACAGUCUUUAAAAGAUUUGGAGAAGGAAUUUGUGGAAUUGGGGGAGAAGAUACUUCAGAAGUACAGUGCCUAUCAAAAAAGUGAGCUGCAGAGGCUUCACCACUUGAAAGCGUCACUGGACAAAAAUGUCUUCUACAACACUGAUUACGAAGACGCCGUUUUUACAUCUGAGAUGUGCUCGAUGAAGGAGGACAUGAAGGUGCUGCAGGAACAGCUUCUGAAGGACACGCAAGAAGAGGAGCUUCUCAACGUACGCAGAGGACUGAUGUCAUUAUUCAUGGCUCAUGAAAGAAACGUUCAUGUGUGAUGUCUGGGUGUUAGCGAUUAGUUGUAGCCACUUACCCCUUUUUGUGUAUACCAGGAAAUCCCACAGUGGCUCUACCGAGAGAAAAACAGACGUCACCCAGGCAAGAGUACUUUUGUAGGAGCCUCCAAAUCCAAAGAAAUUGUUGUCUUAUGGAUGAGAAAGAACCACUCUAACAUGACUCCAGCCUCAAAAGACCUUUGUCUAUAUAGUACUGUUCUUUUUUUAGGGAAAAAUUUUGGGAAAACCAAAUAGUAAAAGGAAUUUUGCUUGUUUCUGUAGGACUAUGUAUGUUGGACAGACAAAUCUUACUGAGUUAACUAUACUCACAAAACUAGUUUCUUUAAUAAACUAAAACUUACCAUAGAAAAUGUACUUUUAAAUGAAUACAGUUUGGACUAAAUAUAAGGUAUUACUAGUUCGGAGUAUACUACAUGCAAUAAAAACUUGGCCCUGCUGAGAAGGGGGAGAAGCCUCUGAUUUCAGAUGCUUACCGGAGUGUGAGUCGGUACUUCUGGCCCACUGCUGGAGAGUGUAUUUAUUCAGUUAUGGCACCUGUAUUAGAAGGCAUUAAACAGCCUAUAAGAGUUACUGUAUUUUCUAAAUAUUUUAAUUCCAGGUAGAUACCUUAACUCCUAAGCAUGCUCUUUUGACAAGUACUUUUUAAGCUCCUUCUAUUCACUAUAAUAUUUUGCUAGAAUAUAAAAAUACACUUAAUGUAUUAAAGUUGAAAUAAAUGCUGUGCCACUUGGAUAAGGAUUAUAAAUAAAAUGUUAUGAAUCAUUUCCCCAUUUUACGAACAUCGGAUCAGACGAAACAUCCUUGUACAAUCAGACAUCUGAAGUAUGAAAUUAAGCAGCCUCACUCACUAUUUUAAUGGUAGCAGAGAAUUUUGCUACUACCAGCAUUGAAGCAGCAUGCUAGAAGUGGCUUUUCUCAGUCUGGACAAGCAGAGGCAAACCCUUUCCGUCUUAGCUUUAUUCCAUUACUGAUAGGGUAGCAGGCAUUUUAUGGCACGAGACCGCGACAGCCGUCCGACAGUAAAUACUGCCCGGAGGAGUUGCCCUGCGAGACAUGAGGGCUGCUCGCCUGACGACCCACCUCCCUGCGUACCUCCUCUGCGGCCACACUCACUGUACGUGGACGCCAGCCCGAGUGUGAGCUGUGAGCUGGCCAGUGCCAGUCGUGGCUCCCCCUCUGAAGCUCCCGUUUCCAGCCUUCUUACCGCGCCGACCUUUGUCGCGUCUCUCCAGCUUGCUGUCUAGCGUGGUCUGGGCUGUUGACGCCACCACUGCUCCGCUAAGCCUGUUCCCUUCCUUGUCUGUCUGUGCUUCCUUACCUAUUCUCGGCUCUUCAGUCGAAAAGAACUCUCUCCUCUCGCUGCAUCCGCUAAUUCACACCCCUCAUUCCACAACCUGAACGUCAGGACGGCACAUUUCAAAUGGCUGCUUGACAAUCCUCACUUGCCCCUUUUAAUUGGCUUUGCCUCUUUUCCGGAGUAUCGUUGCAUCUCAGUACCUCUGUCCUUCGUUCUUCCCCCUGUAGCUGAGGGCCUCACUUCCCACUUGCCCAUCCUUGCUCCCUGAAUUCUGACCUGUUACCUGCCAAUACCGGCAUUUCCCGAUUUCCCACGUGUUCCAGUGGCACAUGUGCCUCUUCAUUUAAGGACCGUCCCCACCAGUGCUCUGCAUUUGACCGUCUCUGGCAUCUCUCUGCAGGGUGUGUAGCCCACACUUACUAACACACACACACACGAAACAAAACAAGGCCUUUAGCACCAAGCUCCCCUCUGACUGCUGCCCGUCCCGUGUAAUUCUCUACUCACCUCCACACAGAGCAUAGGGAAAGAAUUUUCCCCAGUUACUAUCUCAGCUUGUACACUUCUUGCUUGUGCUUCACCCUCCCUCAGCCCAGCUGCUUUACUUACUAUUUCCCCGAAACGACUUUUUAUGAAAAUCAUCAGUGAUUGAUUUUACCAAGUUUAAUCUCUAUCUUCUUCUUAACUCAGCUUCUCAGUGCUUUGUCACCCAGACUUGGCCUGGCAUAUUUUCCAUUCCUUGUCUCGCUCCCGGCUUCCCCUUUACCUCUGGAUGUGGGGCUCAUUCCUCAAUCUAUACUUCCUCCUUAGGUAACUGCAUCUGGUUCCACGUAAUCACCAUCUCUGUGUUGAUGACUUCCAGAUGUAUCCAGGUUCUGACCCUUGCUUUGGACAUCAGCAUCUCAUACACACUCGUUAUUGACAGUUCUAACAAGCAUCUCAGGUCUCAAAACAACCCUUGAUUUCUCUCCCUUGGCAUUCCUUCUCAACACCAAAGGAAAAAUAAACAUCGUCUCUCCAUCUCAGUAAAUGUCGCUUUUAGCCACCCGACUAUGCAAGCCAAAACCUAGAAGGAAUUUCUGAUUUCUCUUUUUCCCUUAACUGAAACUAAGUGGCCACUUAGUUGAUCAGAUCCUGUGGAUUUUACUGCCCAAGUAUGUUCCAAAUGUGUAAUUUCUGUCACUUGCACAGUCACUACUAUUGACAGUGUCACUAUUUCUCACACAGACUACCAUACCAGCCUCCUGAAUGGCUCUCCAGCACUCACACACGUGCUCCCACAAUACUUUAUUUACUUUGCAGCCAAUAUAUUCUUGCUAAGUCAUAAAUCCUAGCGUGCCACUUCCUUACUUGAGACUCCAGUGACUGCAUCCUCUUACCUAAUGGGUCAAAGAAUAAAUCAAAGGGAGAUGAGAAUAUACUUUGGGACAAACAAAAAUGCAGCAUCCUGGAACUUCUAUGACACAGUGAAAUCACUGAGAGGGAAGUUUACAGCUGCAAAUUUAUAGAAGUUAAAAACGAAGAACUCCAAUCAGUAACCCAACUUUAAAAAACUAGGAGAAAGAGUGACCCCCAAAGUUGUUAGAAGGAAGGAAAUAAUAAAAUAUUGGAGAUUUAAGAAAAAAACACAGAAUAGAAAAGCAAUAGAAAAUCAAAACCAAAAGUUGGUAAACCAUUAUUAGACUGAGAUACACAGAAGACUAAAAUUUCUAAAAUCAGGAAUGAAAAUUUGGGACAUUACCACUGACCUUAAAGAAACAGGAUCAUGAGAAUACUAUAAAGAGUCAUAUGGCAACAAAUUAGAUAAUUCAUGGGAAAGUGGUGAAUUCCUAGAAACACAAACUACCAAAACUUACUUCAGGAGAAGCAAAAUCUGAACAGUCCUAUAACACGUGAAGAGAUUGAAUCCAUAAUCAACAAAGAAUUCUACCAAGUAUUUAAACAAGAAUUAACACCAGAAGAUAGAAGAGAGAACGUUCCUAACUCACUCUAUGAGAUCAGCAUUCCCUUGCUCCCAAAAUUAAAGACAUCACAAGAAAACUCCAGACCAGUAUACCUUAUGAACACAAGGUAAAAAUCCUCCACAAAAUAACAGCAAGCUGGAUUCAGCAGCACAUUAAAAGGAAUGCAUUUAAUGAAGGAGGUAAAAGAUUUGCACAUGGAAACCAUGAGAUGUCAGUAGAAAUUAAAGAUCUGAGUGAGUGGAAAGACAUCUUGUGGUCGAGUGCAAAACUUAAUAUUGUCAAGAUGGCAGUCCUCUGAAGUAAUUUACAGAUUAAAUGCAAUCCCUGUCAAAAUGCCAAUGGCCUUUUUGCAGAAAUAAAAAAGCUGAUCCUAAAAAUCAAAUGGAAAUGGAAGGGGCCCCACAAAGCAAAACAACCUCAAAAAAAUAAUACAGUUGGAAUACUCACACUUUGUAAUGUUAACACUUAACUACAAAGCUGCAUCAAUCAAAAUAGUGUAGUGCCUCAAUAGGGAAAGAUACCUAGGCCAGUGGAAUAGAAACGGUGGUCCAGAGGUAAGCCUGCUCGCCUGUGGCCAACCGAGUUUCAUCGAGAGUGCUAAGCCAUUUGGUGGGGAAACGAACAAUCUUUAACACAUAGCUCAGGACAGCUGGCUAGCCCCAUGCCAGACAGUGAGGUUGUGCCCUGACUUUACACACACAUAAAAGAUAAACUGAUCCAAAAUUCUUAGGAAAGUACAAAUUCUUAGGAAUAAACAUAGGAGUAAGUCUUCAUGACCUUGGAUUUAGCAGUGGAGUCUUAGAUAAGACACCCAAAGCACCAGCAACAUAAAACAAAUGGGACUUAAAAAAAAAAAUGAAAACCUUUGUGCAAAAAUACUUUAAUAAGAGUGAGAAGACAGCCUACAGAAUGGGAGAAAAUGCUUGCACAUACCUGAUUAGGAUCUAAUAUUGAGGCUAUGUAAAGAAUUCUUACAACUAAGCAACAGAAUGACAGAUGACCCAAUUAAAACAUGGGCGAAGGACUUGCGUGACCAUUUCUCCAGGGAAGAUGUACACCUGGCCAACCAGCACACGAACAUGCACAGAAUAUCAUCAGUCGUUAGGAAAUUGCAAGUCAAAACCAUAACGAGAUGGCACUUCACACCCACCAGAAUGGCUAGAGUCAAGGAACAGAAAACACGCGUUGGCAAGCUUGUGCAAGAAUUGGAACCCUUGCGUGUUUCUGGGGAAGUAAACUACUACCAGCCGCUGUGAAAACCAGUUUGGUGGUUCCUCAAGAGUUAAAUGUGGAAUUAUCCCAUGACUCAGCAAUCUCACCCUUUGGUAUCUACCCUAAGAAUUGAAGACAUAUUUAACAAAUACCUAAGAAUGUGUACCAGUCACAACGGCCAAUGUGGACACGACCCAAGUGGGCAUUAAAUGAAUAAACAUAUGUAGUGUAUCUACACAUGGACUAUUUACUCAGCCACAAAAGGAAGAAAUACUGAUUCGUGUUACAGUGUAGACGAGUUUCAAGAACAUUAUGCUAAGUGAAAAACUAAACAUGAGGUUACACCAUAGAACUGGACUAUUAUGCAAUCUCCAGAAUAUGUAAGUCCACGGAGACAAAGCAGAUGAGUGGCUGCCAGGGGCUGGGGGAGGGGGAAGCUGAGGAGAACCUGCUUCAAGGGUACAGAGCCUCUUCGUGAUGGAAAUGUUUUGGAACUAGAUAGAAGCAGUGGUUGUAUGGGCUUGUGAGUGUAUUAAAUGCCACCAAAGUGCACUCAA